UGGCGUGCAGCUAGGAAGGCAGUAAUGAAGCGAUAAACAGUCGUUGCCCGUCAAUUCAGUACGUAAACAUAAAUAUAGUAGAGAGCACCACCAUCACUACAAUAUAUCUUAAGUGGUAUACAAAAUGAAAGGUAAAGAACGUUCUCCAGUCAAAAAGAGGUCGCGUCUUCUGGAUGAAUCUCGAGACAGAGGAAGCCACCCAUCAUGUAAGAAAAUGGGAACGCUUUCGGUGUCUGGCAGCAACAACGGUAAUAAUUCGAUGAAAGGGAGUAGUUCUACAAGAAGGACUCUACUCGGCGACAAACGUGAAAGCCGGGAGAUAGAUGGGCACGUUUCAAGUCGUACUGGAACUAACCACAGCUAUGCUAAUAUCACUGCGGCUGUUAGCAGCAGCAAGAACCACAGCGGCCUCGCUUUAGAAGCCACUACUCGGAUCAACUCUCGCGGAGAGACCAGGGCUCUUCCGAGUAAUGAAAGUGAGUACAAGACUUUGAAAAUAAGCGACCUCGGUUCCCAGUUGAGUGACGAAGAAAUAGAAGACGGAUUAUUUCUCGAAUUUAAAAAAUUUGGUGACGUGAGCAUUAAAAUAAGUCGAGUAAACGACGAGCGUGUGGCGUUUGUCAAUUUCAGAAGGCCCGAUGACGCUAAGGCAGCAAAACACGCCCGCGGCAAAUUGGUUCUGCAUGACAGGCCACUGAAGAUCGAAGCUGUGUACAUGAACAGACGACGGAGCCGGUCGCCUAUUGAUAAAGACACAUAUUCAGCAGCUGCUGGCCAUAGACAUUUGCAUACGCAGAGACCUCUGUCACCCACAGGACUGGGGUAUAGAGACUACAGGCUACAGCAGCUUGCCCUGGGACGUCUCCCACCUCCACCACCCCCACCUCUUCCCAGAGACUUAGAAAGGGAAAGGGAGUUUUCUUUAUAUGAUGCCAGGACUAGACCUCCUUUUAUCCCUGAGGUUGCUGCUUUUCGAGAGGAGGACAUUGUUUCCCCAGAGGACGACCAGAGAGCCAACAGGACAUUGUUUCUUGGGAACCUUGAUAUAACAGUGACUGAGAGUGACCUGAGGCGGGCUUUUGACAGGUUUGGAGUUAUCACUGAGGUGGACAUCAAGCGCCCAACACGUGGACAGAACAGUACUUAUGGAUUUCUCAAAUUUGAGAACCUUGACAUGGCUCACCGUGCCAAAAUCAGUAUGUCUGGCAAGGUGGUGGGCAGGAACCCUAUUAAGAUUGGCUAUGGCAAGGCCACUCCUACUACCAGACUCUGGGUUGGGGGUUUAGGCCCAUGGGUACCCCUGGCUGCUCUGGCCAGGGAAUUUGACCGCUUUGGCACCAUCAGGACCAUAGACUAUAGGAAAGGUGAUGCAUGGGCCUAUAUUCAGUAUGAGAGCCUGGAUGCUGCCCAGGCUGCCUGUUCUCAUAUGCGUGGCUUCCCUCUUGGAGGCCCUGACCGUCGUCUAAGAGUGGACUUUGCUGAUACAGAACAUCGCUACCAGCAGCAAUAUCUGCAGCCACUGCCGCUUCCACCACAUUAUGACCUGGUGGCAGAAUCUUUUGUGCACCGCGCUGGUCCUGAUGCUCUGCGGGUGAGGGAGAGGACUCCGCCGCCUGCACUUCGUUUCCGUGAGACUCCAUUGUACCCUGCUGCUGCUGAGUGGCCAGGGCCAGCAGUGCGUGACCGCACGCGGGGUGCACCUUUUGAACCACUGGAGCACUUGGAACGGGAGCGGCGUUCUCGAGAUGCAUGGUCAUUGGAGCGGGAGCUGCAAAACCGGGACCAGGCCAGGAAGCGGCGUCUUCUUGAGGAUGGCCGUCAUUUGGAGCGUUCACCUGACAGCAGCGAGCGCCUCCGAGGUCGUCGUCAUGGUGUGUCUGUGGAGCGCAGCCCAGGUGGCAGCAGUGGUCGGGAUGGUGGACGCUACAGCGAUUCAGAGAGGCUGUCACGCUCAGACCGGCCCUCUCCUGCAGGACGUGACCGGCGUGGAAGUUUGGAAUGUGCGCAUAGUGAGAAACGACUGCGGACACUAAGCCCUGUUGACGCGUCUGCCACCGAAAGGGAGCGCAAGCGCAAAGCUAGUGACUCUACCAAGAGCCCCGGCAAACGAGAGGAGCGUACAGAGCACCCCUCUUCCACUUCCUCUUCUUCCUCCAGGGCCACAGCCCAGUCCAAGCAAGGGUCUGGUGGCCACAAACUGUCACUAGCGUGGCAGGGCAUGCUGCAGCUGAAGAACAGUAGCUUCCCCACAAGCAUGCACCUUUUGGAGGGUGACCUGGGCGUCUCUAGCAGGCUGCUAGUGGAUGGCAGCACUGGUGGUCAAGUGUGCCAGCUGAAGAUCACUCAGCGCCUUCGUCUGGACCAGCCCAAACUGGAUGAGGUGGCACGACGCAUAAAGGUAGCAGGACCAAGUGGAUAUUCAGUACUACUUGCUGUGCCUGGAAGCUCAGAGGAGGGCCCCUGUGACACAGGCAGCUCAACAGAACGGCCAUUGAAGAACCUGGUGUCCUACCUUAAGCAGAAACAGGCUGCUGGGGUCAUCAGCCUCCCUGUUGGGGGCAGCAGAGACAAGGACAACGCAGGAGUUCUGCACGCCUUUCCCCCUUGUGAGUUCUCCCAGCAGUUUCUUGACACCGCAGCUAAAGCCCUCGCCAAAACCGAUGAAGAUUAUCUGGUAAUGAUCAUAGUCCGAGGAGCAUCAUAAAAAGUAACAUUCGAGGAAAGUAAAUGAAAACUUCAAAUGGCCUGUAAUGUAUAGAGUGCCGCUGUGUUAUAGAAUAUAGUCUUGAAAGUCAAAGGUUAUUUUGCAGUGUUUGUCACUGGAGAAAAAACAACAUUGUAACAUUGUGUUUUCCGCAGUCUAAUGCCUCAGAAAUUAUUCUGGUUGUCGAUAUGCAUGGUAGUCUAAAUUUUUGUAAGAUUCACUCUUUAAGCAAAUGGAAUUGGAAGAAAUGUAAUAGUUUGAUGAUGAUGGUACUUCAGAAUAAUGUGAUACAUCGUUUUCCCUGACACAGUGUAACACUACAUGGCUAUUACACAGUUAAGUUUAGAUUUACCCUCAGACUAAACAUCAUUGUUGUCUACAUCAGUCAAUGCACACUCUACUAAUUGAUCUACCUAAUAUGCUCAUAGUAAUUGUCCUGUGAUUUCCAACUUUUACUGGGGUCUGUUGUCUUGUUUUGAAAUACAUAUAAUUUUUUUGUUUCUGAUUAUUGCAGUCAUUUGCAGACAUAAUAUAUGUUGCCACAUCAUCACAUUCAGAACCUGACAUAGGUAUAGAUGGCAGAGGACAGAAAGGGGAAAAAAGCUCAGUGGUUUAUUGUUUUAUAAUACAUUCUUAAUUUUAAAACAAUUUAAUGAGAUGGCAUAUGGAAUUUACCCUCAGUCUUCAACCUUUGCAAAUAGACAUGUGACAGUGACUGGUAUAUUUAUGAAAAUGUUGGUUCAUUUGUUUAGAUAAAAAGAGUUAGGCUAAGAUUUUAUUUUUCAACCCAAGGCCCUCUUUGCCAUCAGAUAUUGAAUGGGAAUUUAUUAUUGCGCUCUGGUCAGGAUUGAAAAAGACCUUUGUGUGAUUAGUGAGAGAAAGAGAGAGAGAGAGAUCUUAGAAUACAUCAAUAGCUUCCUUCAACUAACAUGUUCAAAAAGAUUGUCACUCCAGCUGGUAGAAAUAAAGUGGUGUUUAUGACUAGGUUUUACCGGGUAAAGUAAUUCAAUUUGUAAAGAUAAGAUUAGAUAAUUGUAAAUGGGUUACUUGGAAGAAAGUUGCCUGUGUAAGAAGUAAUGGCAUUGAUUUUCUGAAGAUACUGUCUUUUCCAGAGUAGCUUCUUUGUAUUGUGUUUCUGUUGUAUUUCUUUUAAAUGUCUGCUUGAUACUUUUAAACAAAUAUUUCAUCAAAUAGGAUCAUGUGAAAUUGUCUAUUAUUUCAAAACACAGUCAAAACGAAGGGCACCAGUCAUUUACAGAUAUACAGUAUUUUAGGCCUAUUAAAGAAGGUCCUUGAUUUUAUCAAAUUCUCCUUUUGAAAUGGAGAGUGAACAAAUAUACACGUGUUCUAGUUCAUCUUUGAUUACACUGGGGUCUUAAUUUGGUUAUUUUCAGUCUUUAUUACAGGUUAAAGACUUGGCCACCUAUUUUUUUUUCAAUGCAGUCAUUUCCCAGUUAUGUAAACAGCUGUCAUAUGUCUGUUUUUGCUGAUCUUUUGUUUCUUAAAAAAGUGUACUUGUAUGGACCGUUAGUAUCUCUUCUGAGAGGAUUGAAAACCCCUCAGUCAUGGACACUCAUGUGUGCAUAAAAGAUAAAAAAAAAAAAAAAAAAAAAAAAAAACAUGAUUCUCAGAUGAUGAGCAUUGCUUUGUGCAUCUAACUGAACGGACUGCUCUUAAGUUGUGUAAUUGCUUUGUUAUGACCUUGCCCAUAUUUUAAAUGGAAGUUUGCAUUGUGCUCUUUACUGUACAGCUGAUAUCUGGAGAGAGAAAUGGAAACCAUCUUUGCACAUGCAACUAAGAAGUAGCUGUUCACAACAAUCACACACAAAGAAAAACCGUGCAUCUGGCACUUGCUUGAUUUUGUCUCAGUGUCAAUAAAUUGUUUCUCUUUCGAUGGAAAA